AUGAAUCGGUUCGAUAGCUCUGAAUUUCAAUUUGAAAAUAAACUGAUCAAAGUUCCCAAAUUGAAAAGAAAUACUAGUUGCACAUUCAGGAUUCCUAAGCCUAAUGGAAUUUGCAAUACAAAUAUAGCAUGUUAUUUGGAUCCUGCACAUUCAAACACCGGAGAUGCUGCGCUGGCCGAAAACCAGCACUCUGUGAACGUACGGUCUCCCUUCAAGAAUCUGAUAGAGAGGAACAUAGAACACGUGGAAAAGCUGUAUGAAGUGAGAAUGUCGCUACAAGAGGUGGACGACGACUACAAGCUGAUAGCGUCCGGAGUAAAAGCAGAACAGUCAAUAAACGAAAUUCUGAACAUAUGCAGGAAGAGUAACGUGUACAACUUUUAUUUGUGCUUCCCAGUAAGAGGAGAAGCCUUCCACAAAAAAUUUUCGGAGUUUAAAAAGGAUGUACUGUAUAAGCUGGGAGGAAAUGCGUCGUUUGAAAAGAGGCCGCACAUAACACUAUCCCUAGUUAACCUGGUAACCGACUCGGACGUUGAACUGGUGGUGAGAGCACUGCAAUCGACGUCAAUAGCAAUCAAGUCAGUGCCAAAGAGCCAGAGGGACCCGGACCUGGAAGAGUACUCAAUAGACCUGGAAGGACUUGACGUAGUCAAGUAUAAGGGAAAGUACGCGAAGAGGAGCGUCCUGAUGAGCAAUGUCACACUGAGCGAGACGCUGGCAGAUAUCGCAACCGAGUUUCAAAGUACCCUGAACAAGAGCGUUAACACGCUAAUCAGUAGCCAUCAGAAGAGGAAAAAGAUAUCCAGGUCAGACAGGAUAUCGAACUUGACGGAAUCGCAACUGGCGCCGAAGGGAAUAUUCCUGACGCGAGGAGGAAACAUAGAAAUUACAUUCACAGAUGUACCACUGGUGGACCCGAAGGCCUGUGCAAGUGGAGAGGGCGAGGGUGACCAGGAAGGAGCAGAGUCGAUGCUCGAUGUGCACAAAAGCAAUAACAAAGGCAGGCCAGAGGAUUUCAAUCACGGAGAACCCUCGAAUGAAGGUCUACUCAGCAGAGAAGAUGGAGUUGGCAGAGAGGGAAGGCUCGGAAAUGACCGCACUGAGCCCUGGGGGAACGGCAGCCUCAGGACCGACGGAAGGGCUGAGGAACGUAGUGCACAAAAGGAAGGGGCAGGAGAGGGGACUGAAAACAACGAACACCACGGAGACAGCGAAGACGACGAAGUCUACGAGUUUGACACGGCAGUAAAGAAUAAGCUGCACGUGACGCUGAUGAGGCACCAGCAAGUAGGACUGCUCUCGAACAUGAAGUUCGCGUCGAAGGGGCACGUGGUGUGCGCGGAGCUGAGGCCGAGGAACGGAGAAACCUGCAGCUUCACAGCCUACAACAGCAACGAGCUGGCCUCGUUUGUGGGAAACAGGUUCGACAACAAGGAGCACGAGGACGUCGCGACGUCGCAAAUACCGGGCUCGCAGCCGCCUAAGCUGCCGACGCACUACCUCGUGGACGCGGAGACGGAAAAGAUGGACGAAAAGGAGGAAAGAUUCGUAUUCUGGAUAUAA